AUGAAGAAAGCUGGGGGUACCCUGAAGACAGCAGGUUUUCCCCCACCUGCGCCUCACGUUUCCCCCACUCUCUUGUACCUCUCACAUCCACCUCACGUUUCCCCUCCUCUCUUCUUUCAUUCGCAUGCGAUCACGUUUGAUCUCCGAGUUUCUUCCUCUCGCGUGCGCCUCGCGUUCCCCCCCCUCUCUGCCUCCCCUCGCAUGAGCCUCACCUUUCUCCUCCUCUUUUCUUACUCUCGCACGCGCCUCACGUUUCCGCUCAACAUCUCUCCCCCUCUCAUGCGCCUCAAAUUUCCCCUCCUCUCUUCCUCCUCUCUCAUGCGCCUGACGUUUCCCCUCCUCUCUUCAUCCUCUCUCAUGCGCCUGACGUUUCCCCCCCUCUCCCCUUCCUCAGGCAUGCGCCUCACAUUUCCCAUUCUCUCUUCUUCCUCUCUCAUGUGUCUGACGUUUCCCCUCCUCUCCUUUUCCUCUCACUUGCGCCGUCCGGUUACUCGUCCUCUCGUCCUCCUCUUUACUGCGCCUCACGUUUCCCCUCCUCUCUUCCUCCUCUCUCAUGCGCCUGACGUUUCCCCUCCUCUAUUCUUCCUCUCGCAUGCACCUCUCGUUUCCCCUCCUCUCUUUUUCCUCUCGCAUGUGCCUCACUUUUCAAACCCUCUCUUCUUCCUCUCGCAUGCACCUCACGUUUCCCCUCCUCUCUUCUUCCUCUCGCGUAAGCCUCGCGUUUCCCCCCCUCACUUCUUCCUCUCGCAUGGGCUUCACGUUUCCCCUUGCCUCUUCUUCCUCUCGCAUGCGCCCCGCGUUUCCCCCCCCCCCCCCUCUCUUCUUCCCCUCGCAUGUGCCUCACGUUUUCCCUCCUCUCUUCUUCCUCUCGUAUGCGCCUCACGUUUCCCUCGCCCCCUUCUUCCUCUCGCAUGCGCCUCCCGUCAUCUCUCCGCCCUCCAUCCUCUCACAUCCGCGUCUCGUUUCUCUACGUGUUUCAUCCUCUCACAUGCGCAUCUCGCUUUUCCUCCGCGUUUUUUGCCAGAGACAUGCGCCUCCCCCUUCCCUGCUUCCGCGCAUCUUGCUCUCGCAUUUGCGAAUACGUUUUCCCUCCGCGUUUCUCGCUUUCCCUGA